AUGUCUACUACAGCUACGCCUCCAGGUGGUCAACGUACUUUACAGAAGAGAAGACAGGCACAAAAUGCAAAGGACAAACAGUUGAAGCAAACACCAGCUUCCAGUAGACAGGCAGGGCAUGGUGGUUCCUCUAGCUCUAUAUUGAAGAUCUACACGGACGAAGCCAAUGGAUUGAGGGUGGACCCCUUGGUGGUCUUAUUCCUUGCUGUUGGAUUUAUCUUUUCUGUUGUCGCUCUACAUGUGAUUGCCAAGGUUACUGGUAAGAUCUUUUAG